AUGGCGAACAUCUUAUCAACUAACUGUCAAGAUAUCAGACUGAUGAUGUCGAGAAAAUUCCACCGCCAGGCUGAGGAUGUCGAGCGCUGGGCGGCGCCAACGACGGAAAUGGACCCCCCGGACGGACCAAAACAAGAUGCUAGACCAAUGGGUUUGUUAGCUAUCGGUGGCAAUAAUCGGAGAACGGCCUCUAUUAGAGCGAAAGGAUACGCGACUCUUUUCGUUUUGGCUAAAGAAGACUUGAAUGACGUCAUCAAGUACUAUCCUCAAGCGCAAAUUCUACUCAAACGAAAAGCAGCACAAAUGCUGAAAAAUGACAAGAAGGCCGAUACAACGGCAGUGGAGGAACGAGGACUUGAAGAGACGUGCCGUCUUUCUGGUCUUGGUACUCCUCGAAUGCUGCGCGUAGUAGCAAAGGUGCUAAGUCCAGAAAAGCACUCAACAGCUCAACUAAAAGAAGCCAUUGAUAAAGGAGACCAGAGGCGGCGAACAUCGAUCUACCCCUGGUCAACAGUUCAGAAAGACGACCUCUCAGAUGAUUCCGCAUUUGAAGGAGGCUCCGAAGAUGAAGAAGAUGAGGCUGAGGAGUGUCAGGAUGCAAAUGACGGUCAGCAAGAGUUGUCGGAAGCGGAUCCGCAAUGA